AUGCCUAUCAAGGACACACCGCAGACGCUCAAGCGUGUAAGCAUUCGUUGGCUUCCAGAACCGGCCUACGAGGACAGUGAUACCAUCGCUCUCAAUGUCGGCGGCUACUUUAUGGAUUUGAGAGUAGGGACAGCGGAUGGCUCGCUUCAAUGGAGCCGCUGCGGCGAGCGCAAGAAGCUGAAGGAGGACCCCCUCACUUGCCAAUGGACUCGCAUUAUCGACUCUCUAGGGAGCACCGAUCCUGACGAGGCUGCCUUCUCAGAACUACCGAAUGGUGAUAGUCUCGAGUAUGGUACCUUCAACAAGGACGGCGUGCCCACAUCGUACGAGGAGGUAUGGAGAGAUGUGAAGGCCACGGUUGACAGUGAGAAUUGGGCCUGGAUUAUCCAGAGCGUGGAUGGAUCAACGUUCUUGGGCAAACUAGACAACAUUUUCUUGGGAAUGAAGCAGCAAGUCAAGGGCGGCAGUUUUGCGGUCAGGAAGGAGGAGUACGAUGGUGCCUCGAAAGAGUGGAAAACCACAUUCGCAGACGGUGACACUGACACCAUCCCGAGAGCACUAGACGCGCUGAAGAUUGAAGGCGGGGAGAGAGUUACGGGGCAGACCGUCGUGGUUAACCAGGGCGAUUAUGUCAUUCGCGGCAUUGCUCGCUCCUAG